GUUGUUACUGCCGAAGCUUGCUAUUGAAUCCAUCUCCUUUGCUGCUGCUACCGAAGACAUCUGCUUUGCUGCUGUUGCUGCCAAAUCCAUCUCUUUUGCUGCUGCUAAAGCCAUCUACUCUGCUGUUGCCGAAUCCAUCUACUUUUCUGCUACUGCCGAAGACAUAUGCACUGCUGCUGUUGCUAUCCAAGCUUACUGCCGAAUCCAUCUCCUCAGCUGUUGCUAAAGCCAUCUACUUUGCUGUUGUUGGAUCCAUCUGCUUUGCUGCUGCUGCCGUUGAAGCCUACUGCCAAAUCCAUCUCCUCUGCUGCUACUGAAGCCAUCUGCUCUACUGCUGAUGGAUGCAUAUGCUCUGCUGUUGCUGGAUGCAUAUGCUCUGCUGUUGCUGGAUGCAUAUGCUUUGCUGCUGCUGCUGCUGUCACCGAAGUCAUCUAAUAUUAUUGGUGGGGAAUGGGGAUCCCCAUUCCCCUUAGGAAAUGGGGAUGGAGGGAAAAAUCUGCCCCUGUCAAAAAUCC